AUGGAGUCUCCAAACGCUACACCUCCGAAGACCUCGAUAGAUACCUCCCUCAAUAGCGUCGAUCCAUCCGCAGAGUUUGUUGGCGAUAUCAAUACAAACAAUGAUUUACCCUCACAAGCGAUGUUGAAAAGAGUCGAAGGCCCGAACGUAGCAAGACGAGUCUUGAUCAUUUUCAUUCGUCACUUCUUCUGCGGGAACUGCCAAGAAUACCUUAGAACGCUCGCGGCGUCCAUCACCGAAGAUUCGCUCCUCCAACUCCAUACUCCUACCUUCAUCGCAGUCGUUGGGUGCGGAAGCCCAUCUCUCAUUCCCAUGUACCAAGAAGCCACAAACUGCCCCUUUCCAAUAUAUGCAGACCCUACGAAAAAGCUAUACGACGAGCUAGAAAUGAUGCGCACGUUGAAUCUCGGUACCAGACCAGAAUAUCAGCGAAGAGGAACUUUGUUGGGAAUGGCGCAGAGCGUGGUACAAAGUCUCAAGCAGAUCAAAGGCGGCAAAUUGUUCCAGGGAGGUGAUUACCAACAAGUUGGCGGAGAAUUCCUCUUCGAGCCGGUACGGAUGGAAACCCCGAUUACCUCGCCUGCGGAUGGACCUCCCGAAGGUAUGCAUGUGAGCGGUGGGAUUUUGGGCAACGGUGAUAAGCUAGGGGAAAAUGAAGGGUAUGAGGAGAAGAGGGUGACGUGGUGUCAUAGGAUGAAGAAUACUAGGGACCAUGCGGAAAUUCCAGAGAUCAGAGAAAUCCUUGGUUUUGACGAGAUAGUCGAGGGCGGAAAUAGUCAGAAGAGGUGGUCGAAAGCAUUGAGCGAGAGAAAAGGUACGGGAAUAAGUAUGACAGGGGCUAGGAGCAGUAAAGGAACGAGUCUGAAGCUGGAGGGGAUGAGUGAGGAUGGUGGCAGUGUUGGAAGCAGGAAAGUCAGCUCUGAAAAGCUGAUUUAG